AUGUCCAGGAUCAGGGAUGCCAGAAGCACUGUUGCUUCACUGCAUCGAAUCACUGCCCAGCGGUUACCACGCACUGGACUGACCCGCUACGGAAGAAACUGUUUCCAUGCUACAACCUCGUCACGAACUGAUGGCGUAUUCCAUGGACUGGCCGACGCCAGACGCUCAAUACCUUGGAUAGAGGCCUUCCGCCUUCAGCAGCAGGAUAAAGCAUCUCAGAGCCCCGAUGACUGUGCAGAAGAACGUGACCUUACCCCAAAGAAGAUGAGUGAUAGUUAUCAUCGUGUCGUGCUCCCCCUCGGGCAGGAUCCUUGGUUGUCCGAUACGUACAUCAACGCUUCUGGCCACAUAAGGCUCGGCACAUUAUUCAUGGAUCUCGAUGCUCUUUCCGGUAUCAUUGUUUACAAACACACCGGCCCUGGCGUUACUACGGUGACAGCUGCUUUGGACCGAAUCACGAUAGCACACCCUCUUACUGAGAUCUGCGAUCUUGAAUACAGCGGCCAAGUUACGUAUGCUUCUGGGAGGAGCAGUGUGGAGAUUACGUGCAAGGUUGCGAGGGCCAGGGCCGAAGGUGAGCCAAGCAAACCUGAGGAUGUCCUCCUUACCUGCACCUUCACCAUGGUAGCCCUGGAUCCGGCGACUAGAAAGCCUGUUAACAUCCCGAAACUGGUAUACACCACGCCAGAGGAAGAAAAAAUAUUCAAGGCCGGAGAGGCAAAAUCGCUAUCGAAAAAGGAAACGUUGAAGGCCUCGCUGCUCCAAUCCGAACCGAAUGAUCCCGAGUCAGCAUUGAUUCAUCGCAUCUGGCUCAGACAACUCGCAUAUCACGACCCAAACAACAGCCUGCGCCAACCUAAAAACGUUGUAUCGAUGGCCAAAACGCAAUUGUCAACGGCUGCCAUCAUGCAGCCUCAAUAUCGUAACCGGCACCAAACUAUGAUCUUUGGUGGAUUCCACCUGAAGCAGACUUUCGAGUUAGCAUUCUGCUGCGCAGCCAGUUUUGCCCAUGCACGACCAACCUUCAUCAGUGCCGAUCCUUGCACGUUCCGAAACCCUGUCCCCGUCGGGAGCGUCUUGUACUUGACCGCGACGGUUGCAUACACCGACCCUCCCUUACUGGAAGAGGACGGUACUGAACCCAGGCAUACGGACCCCGAUAAGCCUAUGACGCGAGUGCAUGUUCGUGUCGACAGCAAGGUUAGGGACGUUGAGCAUGGUGUUGCAAAAUCAACGGGCCAAUUCAAUUACACCUUCUCUGUGCCGAAGGACCUGAAAGUUCUGCCGCACACGUAUGAAGAGCAUAUGAUUUAUAUUGAUGCUAGGAGGCGGGUAACGCUAGGCGACAUUCAACGAAAGCAGGAGUCAACAACCUUGUUUGAUGAGAAGCGUAAUCUCCCCGAAGGUGAUAGUCUCAUACAAUAG